CCUGAUUAGAUGGUUUCCCCAUACACUUCGUCGAAAACACGAGAACUUUGCGAAACGUAGACCAGGUUACUUGGUUCUAUAUAAACAGUACUCAAACGUACUCCUGCGCACGCUGCUGAUAUUAUCAUAGGUAACCGCGUUCUAUCACGCCGCAUCGGGUCCAGGUUGUCAAUUAAGCUCCAGCUCAAUUAAGCGGGCUGUUCACAGCGGUCGGGUAUUGCGCGCAAGUGCUGCUGUAAGUGGAGUCGUUUCAGUCCUCCCGAGUCGUUUCAAGCCAUCCCGGACUCAGCGGACCUUACUGUUGCCACAUUUCGGAGCCAUCGGAAGUGCGCCUUUCCUAGUACCCGGUCGACUGGUCUGUCACAUAUUUGUCCGUUCUUGGUCAUGGAGGAAGACGCGGUGGUAGCCCCUGUGCACGAGCCCCUUUCCGGCAAAUUGGUGAACGAACCGCACCGCAAGCUGCGCGUUUGCGUGCUUCACGCUUCUCUGGAGGGCAGCUGUUCUACGUUUAAGGAUGUUGAUCCGCACGCGAAGCCGGAGGCGUACGACCCGCAUGGGCGCUACGAGUGGAGUGCUGCGUUCCUGCGCAAGGCGACGUCAGUGGCUCAGCUUUUGGAGCUGGUGCCAGAAGUCAUACAGCAGGGCAGCGCCGGGGUUAAGGCGACGCCCGAUGUGUUCCUCAACCUGUGUGAUGGCGGCUGGGAUGAGGACCGCGCCGGCAAGGAGGUCGUGGAGGCUCUGGAGCGGCUCAACCUACCGUACACGGGCGCCAACGCGGCUUUUUAUGAGCCAUCUAAAAUAGAAAUGAAAAUGGCGGCGCACUACUACGGAGUGAAGGUGCCAGCUUGGGUGCACAUCCAGUGCGGUGUUGGGCGGCGGGGCGUGGAGGCGGGUCUGGAGGCUGUGCUGGCGCCCCCCUCGCGUGGUGGCCUGCGUUUCCCGCUCAUUGUCAAGCACCCCAGCGGCUACGGCUCUGUGGGCAUGACUAAGGACUCCAAGGUGCACAACGAGGAGCAGCUCCGCGCACAGGUGGCACGCUUUGUGGGCAGCUUUGGCGGCGCGCUGGUGGAGGAGUUCAUCCAGGGCCGCGAGUUCACGGUACUCGUGGUGGAGGAGCCGGGUGCUGCUGCUGACGUGGGCGGCGAUACGGACCCGGACCUUACCUCGUUCCGUCCCGUGGCAUACACACCCGUGGAGUGCGCCUUUGGCCCGGGCGAGGACUUCAAGCACUUUGACCUCAAAUGGACCGACUACGAGUCACUGUCCUGGCGGCCAUGUGCAGACCAGGAGCUGUCGGAGAGGCUCAAGGUGGCAGCAUGCGACACGUUUCGGGCGACUCGCGGUGUCAGCUACGGAAGGUGUGACUUCCGGGUGGACGGCGCCGGGGAGAUUUACCUGCUGGAGAUCAACCCCAACUGCGGCGUGCUGUACCCACCCGGGCUGCACGGCUCGGCAGACUAUAUCCUGUCUCUGGACCCAGAGCACGACCACGCACACUUCCUGGCCACCAUCUUCGCCACAGCUAUCUCACGCCACAGCAUGCGCCAGCCCAAGGUGGCACCCGUGUUCUUUCGGUGCCCACCCCGCUCUGUGCCGACGCCCAUGGCGGCGCGGCCUCAGCAUCAUCAGCAGCAGCCGAAUGGAGUGGAGGAGGAUGCGCCGGGGACGCCAAGUUGCGAGGCGGCCGCGACUUCGGCGGCCGCUGCCGUAACCGCGGUGACGGCGGCUCUCACCCUGGAGGACCAUACGGAUGGAGUCGUGACUGCCACCGCCAGUAGCGGCAGUGACAGCGGUAGCAACAGCAGCACAGCAAGUGGCUCGAGCAGCCCCUCGCGGAUCUCCAAGGGCAGUGGGGCAUCUGCGGUCAAUGGCGCCGCGGGCGGCGGCAAGGGCUUGCAGGCGGCAGCGGCUGGCUCAGACGCGGCUGACGGGGUCGGCGCUGGCGGCUGGGGCCUGGUUGCGCUCGUGCCCAUCCGGGCGGGUGAGGUGGUACAGCGAAACGAGCAGCGUCCAGUGGUGCUGGCCAGCAGCGGCUUUGUGAAGCGCAGCUGGCCGGUGGGCUCGCGGCAGAGGGAGUGGUUUGAGGCGUACGCAUACCCCAUCGGCGACGAGGUGUAUGUGACCUGGUCGGACGACCCCACCUCGUGGGCGCCACUCAACCACUCGUGUGACCCCAACUGCUGGCUGCGCGGUCUGGAUCUGGUGGCACGUCGCAGCAUCGCGCCGGGCGAGCAGAUCACAGCGGACUACGCCACCUUCUGCGCCGGGCCCGACAUGGCGGCCUUUGCGUGCGACUGCGGCGCGAGCUGCUGCCGGCGCCGCGUCACAGGCGGGGACUACCUUCAGCCCUGGGUGGGCGAGCGCUACGGGCAGCAUGUGAGCCCCUUCGUGGCCGCAGUGCGGAAGCGGGCGGGGCUUGCUUGAUGUGGUGCCCGAGGAGCGCGUUGGUGAGGGCCUCGUGAGGGCGGCGGGCCAUGGCGCUACUUGAGCCUGUGAUGCUUAAGCCGGGCGCUUACACGGCUGUGCUCGUGUGAGUCUGUAUGCGCGCUGCAAUCUUUGGUUGGCCUGUUGUGUAGGGUAGAUACUAGAUAGGCACUGUUUGGGGGUUUUGAUUAUGAAAGCAAGCUGCGGAACCUCGUGGCCAAGUUACGACGAUAAUAGUGUGUAUUUAUGUAUAUGUGUUUACCCUGCAUGGUAUUUUUGCUAGCACGUGUGUUUUGAAGCUCGGAUUCUCGGACGGGAAUGCCUUCUCGAUCACUGCGAGGUGCUCCGAGGCAGUAGGGAUUGCUGCAUGAAGGGUGUACUGCUCCGGACCGUCAGGACAUGCGCUGAUUGAACAAGCUAGCUCAUAUAUGCGUGAUUUUGUUGCUUACAAGCACGUUUAUCACACUUAUGCGGUUCAGAGUAGGACUCUGGGAGGGACAGAAGCUAGCUGCCAAGCAACGGAAGUUAGCUGCCUUCCUUUCCUCGGCUCAACCAGUUGCGAAACACAUAGAUGGCCUAGCUGAUUAUCCUACCCUUGCCUGCGGACUACGAAGAGUUCGUGGGGCCACAUGGACUAGUCGACGCCAUGUAAGUGCUGGUGACAUGCACGGCACGGGACAUGGGCUACUGUUGGUCAUGCAUGUGUGCGUGGCAUUCAUUGAGUAUCUUAAAAUGUGUAUGAAUGAUCAACGGGUUGUAUCCGGUCACAACUGUGGGCUGUGGGGGCAGGUCUCAGCAGGUCUCAGUGUGCUCAAGCUAUCAGUUGAAGUGCGAGAUACCAGGAACGGUGCUUACAAGUAUUGCAGAUUCAUUCAUACGGUGCGGCAUGUACAAUUUGGACAAUCUCGGUAUUCGCGCGAAACUGCACCGGUAGACAAAAUGUGGCGUCUCACAUUGUGCAAGGAUCGUGCAGUCAAAUCUUGAUAGGCAUGCACAAUCUAGUGCGGAUUGAACAUCCAGAUAAUACAUGCGAGGUCGCAUUCGAGUUCGAAGUUAUCUUAACCUA